AGGGGAAUACCCACAACCUCAAAUCACACUUGCUUUAAUAUGGCUGACAGACUGUUGACAAUAUUCGGUGACACUACCCGGUCAAGGUGAACGGUUUUGUCAAGGAAGUGUUUACUGACAUCAGACACCAAAAUAACUGACGGCAAGGAAGAAGAGAAGUCAGAUGACUGGAGCUCUGCGCGUUGUCGGGGUCAGAGUGUCAGUCUGCAACCCACCUACAGCAGUGAAGUGAGUAGACAAUCUACUCAUCGUCUGGCGGCACUGUAUGAGGGCACGCUAGCCAGAGAGAAGUUGGAGGAUGACGACCUCGCAGGAAGCGCAGCAGGAGGCGGACUGUCGGCUGGCUUACCUGGACAGAGUCUACCGCAAGACUCCUUACACCACGCAGCUAGACAGACAGGGAAACUACACAGACACGUUUUCCAGUCGCCUGUACACCAUCUCACAUUCCAGCUCAUGGUUCAACUCUUUUCCUCCGGACAUCUUGGAGGUUAGCAGGUUGAAAGCCGCCCAGCUCCUGGCAACUUCCGGUACAGUUUCUGUUUUGUGUAAUGUCAUCGUGCAGGAACUAGAGAGCCAGUGGUAUGUGGGUUACAAUUUGAAGCUAGGUCAGGAGGAGGAUUUAGGUCAGGAGGAAGAUGUAGGACAAGAGGAAACUGUAGGUCAAGAGGAUGAAGGUCGGGAGGUGGAUGUAGAACUGGAAGAAGAUGAGUGUCAAGACGAGGAGGAAAGUCCGGAGGAGAAUCUAGAACUGGAAGAAGAUGAGUGUCAAGACGAGGAGGUAAGUCCGGAGGAGAAUCUAGAACUGGAGGAAGACGAGUGUCAAGACGAGGAGGAAGGUCAGGAUGAAGGUCAGGAGCAGAAUCUAGAACUGGAGGAAGACGGGUGUCAAGACGAGGAGGAAGGCCAGGAAGAAGACCCUGUCGAGUGUCAUGUCAACGCGCUGGAUAACGCCAUGACGUCUUUAGUUAAUUUCACUGACGUCAGCGCCGCCGUGCGUGACGCCAUUCGUGAUGACGUCAGCUUCCUGCCCUCGCUUCUAGGGAAGAUACAUCACUGGAGCCAGCCUCACCUGCACGGCGAACUACAGUGUUCACUAGAAGACCGCCUUCUGGAGUGUGGCCUGGCUAUUCUCAGCAACUUGGCAUCGAGGGGCGACAAUCUGUCCCGACUCCGGGACCUGCACACCUUGGACAUUAUAUUACCCUUCAUUCACUCACCUUCCAAUAGGGUCAGGCUGCUCGCGCUCUGCGCGGUGAUGGAUGUGGCUACAGAUUCCGAGCUACAACUCCUGACCUUCCCGGCAGACAUCGCUGACCUGCUCCGGCAACAUCUGACCUGUGCCCUGGCCUCCAGCACUCGGCCUUGGGAGGGAUUUGGCGUGAGCGACUUACUGAGACCAUUGAAGAAGCUUGCUCAGCACAAAUCUACCAGUCGACUUCUAGCUGACCAGGGUGUUCUAUCUUUACUGACGCAAUGCAUAAAAGAGACAGAAGAGCAGAUGCAAGCAGAUAAAACCACGGAGAACCAGAUGGAAGCCGUCAGUACCGGGCAGAGCCAGAUGCAAGUGACUACAACCAUUCAGAACCAGGUGCAACCCGUCAGCACCGGACCAAACCAGCUACAAGCAGCCACAGACUACUGGCGAAGCUGCAUACUAAGCUAUUUUCCUAAGCUGCACCAACAAGCCUACUUUGUGCCGCCAGUGCAUUUCAGCCGCAAAGCCUUUGCUGUGGAAAUCAUCGGCGACCAGAUGGUGUACAUUCCACAGUCGCCAACUGACCAGCUUUCAGCCCAAGGGUCUGUUCAGAGUUCCUCCAGCACUGCAUCAGUUGCUUCAUCUAGCUGUUUGCCAUCAAUCACCUCUCAAAACGCGGCCUCAUCUAGCCACUCAACUAAUGUGGCAACAGUCUCAGCCCCAGGACCUUCCUCGGUCGCUCCAUUGCCCCUUAGCACCAGUCACACCAUUGUUUCUCAGUUCUGGUCACCAGAAUCUUCAACAUCCCCACCAACAUCACAGCCAGACUCCUCAGCACAUGAGCGUUCAGCCAGUCGCCGGCUACGUUUGGGCAGCUCGUCCCUCAGAUCCAACCCCGCCCACGGCACAAGUGCAGGACAGCGAGUCACGUGACGACCACGCCCAGCAACAUGUCCUUCACUGUCUACGAG